GGGCGGAGGCCGGCGGCUGCGCGGGGGCGGGGCUUUACAGACGCACGCACGUCAAGGUUCUGCUGCUCUGAGCUGCGGAGGCUGCGGGUUUGGUCUUCGGCGGCUGCGGGUUUGGUCUUCGGCGGCUGCUUUGGCUGCGGCCCGGCCCGCGGCUGGAGUUUGGAGAGAAAUCCAGGUACUCAGUUGACCCACCCUUUCUGCUGCCAUGGGGGAGCUUUUCCGGAGUGAGGAGAUGACGCUGGCCCAGCUUUUUCUCCAGUCAGAAGCUGCUUAUUGUUGUGUCAGUGAAUUAGGAGAACUCGGAAAGGUUCAGUUUCGUGAUUUAAAUCCAGAUGUGAAUGUUUUCCAGCGGAAAUUUGUGAAUGAGGUUAGAAGAUGUGAAGAAAUGGAUCGAAAGCUCCGAUUUGUUGAGAAAGAGAUAAGGAAAGCUAAUAUCCCAAUUAUGGACACUGGCGAAAACCCAGAGGUGCCCUUCCCCCGGGACAUGAUUGACUUAGAGGCCAAUUUUGAGAAGAUUGAAAAUGAACUGAAGGAAAUCAACACAAAUCAGGAAGCUCUGAAGAGAAACUUCCUGGAACUGACUGAAUUAAAAUUUAUACUUCGCAAAACUCAGCAGUUUUUCGAUGAGGCUGAAUUGCAUCAUCAGCAGAUGGCGGAUCCAGACCUGUUGGAAGAGUCGUCCUCCCUCCUGGAGCCAAACGAGAUGGGAAGAGGCACGCCUUUAAGACUCGGCUUCGUGGCUGGUGUGAUUAACCGCGAGCGCAUCCCUACUUUUGAGCGCAUGCUUUGGCGGGUGUGCCGGGGGAAUGUGUUCCUGCGGCAGGCUGAAAUCGAGAACCCCCUGGAGGAUCCUGUGACUGGAGACUACGUGCACAAGUCUGUGUUCAUCAUUUUCUUCCAAGGCGAUCAGCUGAAAAACAGAGUCAAGAAAAUCUGUGAGGGGUUCCGGGCCUCACUCUAUCCCUGUCCUGAGACGCCACAGGAGAGGAAGGAAAUGGCUUCUGGAGUUAAUACCAGGAUUGACGAUCUCCAAAUGGUUCUGAAUCAAACAGAGGAUCACCGCCAGAGGGUCCUGCAGGCGGCUGCUAAGAACAUCCGAGUCUGGUUCAUCAAGGUGCGGAAGAUGAAGGCCAUCUACCAUACUUUGAACCUGUGCAACAUAGACGUGACCCAGAAGUGCUUGAUUGCGGAGGUCUGGUGCCCUGUCACUGACCUUGACUCCAUCCAGUUUGCACUCAGAAGGGGCACGGAACACAGUGGUUCCACCGUGCCCUCCAUUCUGAACAGGAUGCAGACAAACCAGACUCCCCCAACCUAUAACAAAACCAACAAGUUCACAUGCGGCUUUCAGAACAUAGUGGAUGCUUACGGAAUUGGAACUUACCGAGAGAUAAAUCCGGCUCCAUAUACCAUCAUCACUUUCCCUUUUCUAUUUGCUGUGAUGUUUGGAGACUUUGGCCAUGGCAUUUUGAUGACCCUUUUUGCUGUAUGGAUGGUGUUAAGGGAGAGCCGGAUUCUUUCCCAGAAGAAUGAGAAUGAGAUGUUCAGCACUGUGUUCAGUGGCCGGUACAUUAUUCUGUUGAUGGGUAUCUUCUCCAUCUACACUGGCCUCAUCUACAAUGAUUGCUUUUCCAAGUCUCUUAAUAUCUUCGGGUCAUCCUGGAGCGUACGGCCAAUGUUCGAUGGAUAUAAUUGGACGGAAGAGACGCUUCGGGGGAAUCCUGUCCUCCAGCUGAAUCCAGCUGUUCUUGGAGUUUUUGGUGGACCAUAUCCUUUUGGCAUUGAUCCAAUUUGGAACAUUGCCACCAAUAAGCUGACCUUCCUCAACUCCUUUAAGAUGAAGAUGUCUGUUAUCCUUGGUAUCAUCCACAUGAUGUUUGGAGUCAGCCUGAGCCUUUUCAACCAUAUUUAUUUCAAGAGGCCGCUGAAUAUCUACUUUGGAUUUAUCCCAGAAAUAAUCUUCAUGACUUCUUUGUUUGGCUAUUUAGUUAUCCUUAUUUUUUACAAGUGGACAGCCUAUGAUGCUCAGACGUCUGAGAAAGCACCAAGCCUUCUGAUCCAUUUCAUAAACAUGUUUCUCUUUUCCUACGGGGACUCUGGUAAUUCGAUGCUGUAUUCUGGACAGAAAGGAAUUCAGUGUUUCCUGGUAGUGGUUGCACUACUUUGUGUACCUUGGAUGCUUCUGAUUAAACCACUAGUCCUUCGCCAUCAAUAUUUGAGGAGGAAGCAUUUGGGAACUCUCAACUUUGGUGGGAUCAGGGUGGGCAACGGACCGACAGAGGAGGAUGCUGAGAUUAUUCAGCAUGACCAGCUCUCCACCCAUUCAGAGGACGCAGAGGAGGUGGAAGCAGCGGUCCCUCUCCCUGGGGGGCGCUCAGUCCAGCUGCAAACAAGAGCCAGGCCAGUUGAUUGGGAAAUCCUUGAAGGCUGUCACCAUUCAGCAAGGGUCAGCGGGACCUCUCCCUACUGUGUCAUCUCACCAGGUACAUUCCUCCAGCCCAUCCAUUCAUUCACCUUCCAUGUGCCAGCCACUCUUUUUAGUGCUGUAGGAACGGAGAGGAGAAGUCAUAGUCCUUGCCGUCAAGGAACUCCCAGACAAAUUGAGACAGUCUGGGUGGCAGAUGCUGUGAUCAGGGUGUGCCCAGCAUGCUGUGCGAGCAAAGAAAGAGGACAUGUAACAGACCCUGGGUGGGCUGGGGGAUGUGGGGGAGGAGACCGGGAAAGGAUUCCCUAAGGAGGUUAUUACCAAGGUUAGUCUGGUCAAGAGGAGUCUCUGUGGAGGGAAGGAGGGGAUGCAGACCCAUCGGUAUAUACAGUUGUCAUAAGGACACAGGGGCCUGUGUUAGAGGGACACAUUUGGGGGAUAAACAUGUAUUCAGCUUGGCUGGAGCCAAGAGUCGGGGGUCAGGGGACUGGUGAGAAGUGCGACUGGAGUUUGGCAGACACCUGCCGUCGCAGAGUGUUUGGGUAAGGAGGAGCAUCAGAGGGCGGUGAAGCUGCAGGUAACAGAGUGGGUGCCACUGCUGAGAUACCCUAGUGGAGGUGGGAGAGGAUAUACUGGACGAGGAGGGACACAGUCUGGAGACUAACUAGUCUGAUGGGAGUCAGGAAAGAAUUGAGAGGCCAUGUGCAGUGGGAGUUGGAAAGGAGGGAACCAAUAUGAGAUUAAGGAAGUAAAAGCUACAGACCUCAGUGCCUUCAUGAAUGUAGGCAGUCAGAGCGAGUGACUUCCAGGUUUGGGUGCCUGGGCACUAGUAUGACCUCUAGUAGACAUGGGACAGGGUGCAGAAGUAGGUGGUGGUGGGGUCAGACGAGAGCAAUGAGUUUAGUUUGGGAGGAGAGUUGGAAGCUCCUGUGGUGCAGCAGGAGGUGACGGGGCACAACGGGUUGAAGACAGGCAGUGCAGAAGUGGUGUCCAUUGGGGGGGUCCCUCCAUGGCCGCUGAAGGCCUGAGCGGCAGUGCUACAGGAGACGUGUGAGGGCUGAGGCAGGAACCCCCGCAUUGAGGGAGCAACCAAGGUGGAGGCUGAGAAGGACCGUCCAGAGAGGUAGGAGUGUCUCAAGGCGGGGGAGGACAAGGUGAUAGAGGCAGACACUGCAGAGGCUCAGGCAGGACGCAGAAUAUCUGUUAGACCCUCCAGGCCAGAGGGGAGGGCGAGCCACCAGGGAGGUGCGUGGAGCCCAGAGGGCAAAUGCCAGGGCCAGGGCGCAGGAGGAGGAGGCGCAGCCGGGCCGUAGUCUGACAGGGCGUCUGCAGCGGUUCACGGUCAGUCGCAGCUACUCAUGGGGCAGUGACAGACUCCCAGGUGCUUGGCUGGUCCUCCGUUAAUUCUCACCCCACUUCUUGUUUUCCUCCAACGUGUAGGUAAGAAAAGUUGCCGAGGGUUACAAAGCAGGAAGCCGGGAAUGGUGGAGAGGAGAAAGAGAGGGAAGCUUCCUCUGCCAUCUCUGUGCUUUUUUUGUUAAUGGGAGAAAUUCAAGGUGGAGUAAAAAUGCUGAAAGGGGCUGGUUCCAGGGGCGCCCCGCAGUCACCACUUUCGUUGAGCUUUGGGUAAAGCUCUGUGCUCCUUGGAGCCAUGGUCCUGUCCUUCCUCAGCACGGGCUCUGGGGUGACAGCCAGCAGUGAUGGCCAGAGCUCUUAACAGCAUUGUUGGGGUACCUAGACUCACCCUGGUUUUCAUGGUAACUAGGAGGCUUGAAGAACCUGUUUCGGAAGAAAAACCCAGAAAUACUCUGGGUGUAGAUAGUCAGAGGUAAGGGAAAAGGGCGGUCGCCCAGAGAUGGCGAGUUGGAGCUGGCCUCUCUCCCCACCAGCACACCCGUGAGGCCCUGGCUGUUAGUGCCUUACCCGCCAGCCCUCCUCUCCUGCCCUCGUGUGAUUUCUCAAGGCAGUUCUUUCUGGUAUCUUUUGGGGGUGAAGUCAUGUGAGUCUGGAAAGAAACUGGUGAAAAACAGACUCUGGCCUGUGGCAGGGCAGGCUGGGAGGCCCAUUAGGCAGCAGGCCUCUGCUCUUGGGGGCCUUGUCUGGGCCGGGUGGGGAGGCCCCAGGGAGGGGAGCAGCCUCCUGGCUUUCAGUGACUGUGGCUCCCGGAAGAGUGAGAGGCCAGGAGAAGCACCUGGCACACCAAGUGUGGCACCCAAUGUGCUUCUGCAGCCGAGCUCAGAGCAGUCCUAGGAGGAAGCUUCCGGACGCUCGCUCCAGUCCCUGCCCUUUGUUCCGGAAAUAAUUUUUGAUGUUGAAAACUGGAAGAAAGUGAGUGAAGAAGAAAACAAAAACAAAAUAAGUGUCCUGUUUGGUCUUCAUCAAUUUGCCCAAGUAGGAAUUUAUAAAACUUUAGGAGUUCCUGUCGUGGCGCAGUGGUUAACAUAUCCGACUAGGAACCAUGAGGUUGCGGGUUCGGUCCCUGCCCUUGCUCAGUGGGUUAAGGAUCCGGCGUUGCCGUGAGCUGUGGUGUAGAUUGCAGAUUCGGCUCAGAUCCCAAGUUGCUGUGGCUCUGGUGUAGGCCUGUGGCUACAGCUCCGAUGAGCCCCCUAGCCUGGGAACCUCCAUAUGCCGUGGGAGCGGCCCAAA